AUGUAAGAAAAAGUAAAUGAAAAAGAAGAAUAAGAAAAUUAAGAAAACAAAGAAAAUAACGUAGAAUAAGAAAAUAAAGAAAAUUAAGUAAAUAACGAAGAAUAAGAAAAAUAAGAAGAAAAAGAAAAUUAAGAAAAUAAAGAAAAUAAACCCGAUAAAGACAUGAAUGAAAGGUUCAAGGUUCUCUAAACCAGCAUAGUAGAUAAACUUUAAAUUUCAAAGAUGACUCCUAAAAAAAUGGUUGAUCUAAAGGCAAUGAUAGAAUCCAUUUGUGUUUCCUUAAUUAAAUUUUAAGAUGUUUCAUUUAAAAGAAAAGAAAUGGAAAUAGAAGAUAAAUUAUAAUCAAUAGAGAAUGAUUUGAUUUAGAUAAUUGAAUUGAAUAAAUAAAAGAGAGGAUUCAUGAAAUUAUUUUAGAAGGAUGAAAUUCCAGAGAAGAUAUAAUGCAUUUGUUAAUAAAUAUCAGAAUUGUAUUAUGAAAUCGAUUUAUACUUUUCAGAUAGUUCUCUAAUAACUUCAAGUGCUUUUGUUAGAGAAAAAUAGUAUAUAGAUGUGGAUCACAUCAACAUUGACACCAACAUCAUUGUUAAUCAUCCAAAGUUUCUGCCAAUAAAAUCUAAAGCGAAUUUGAUGUUAAAAAAAGAUCGUUACACAGAUGCUUAUGAACUAGAUGUGUACAAAAAAGACUUAAUGAAAAAGAUAAAGGAUAAAGCAUAAUAAUAAUUAACUAAAACUUAGAAUGAAUACUUGGAAUAAUUUGAUAAAGAAAAAACUAACCAAUUUGUCUUUAAAGUAAGUUAUGCUAGAGAAACUAAAUUCCUUGCACUGUUAUUGGAAAACAAUCCAUACAUCAUCACUACAAAUCCAGGAUAGAACAGAAUAUACCUUUGUAAAGAGAUGACCUUAAAGUUCUUCCCAAAUCAGACUCUAAAAGUUUUGGAGACAAAUUUGAAUAGUGAGAUCAAGGAAAAUUUUUAAGGUGUGACUUAAAGUUAUGAUGAACCAUUAAAUCAAAAUGUUUAAAUAGCCAAUUAUGGUUAUAUUAAAUUUUGGUUCUAAGAAAUCGAUACAGAGAUGGGAAAGAAACAGUAAACUGUGAAUAAUGAUAAAAUUUAGCAAUAGACAACACCAUCAAAAGGGUCCACAUUUGAGUUUUAUAUGAAAAAUUCGAGUUAAUCAUUAGCAGAUACCAUUCCUUCUAUACAUGCAACAUUAUACCAUGAUGCUGAAGGAUUUUAUAUUCUGCCUAUUAAAACGGAGUUCCAAAAUUACUAUUAUCUUUAUUAUGACAAUUACAUCCAAAUUAGUGCUGAAAAAUACAACUUUGGAUUUCAGAUUAAAGGAAAAGGGUGGAUUUAGAUCAUUACCGAGAAGACGAAAUCAAACGUUUUUGAAUGA